UUGAGCAACAGCUGCAGAAAGAGAGCUCGCUACCCACGUCUCGAUUUUAAAUACAAGCAUUGCUGCAGAGUUGAAAAGAAAAUGAUUUUGCCGAGACAGUCAAGAGCCAUAGGGAGUGGAACAGAACAAAAGUUUUAAGUCGAUCGGAAAUGAGGAAGAGCCGGGGCUGUCGUCUCAAAUGCCUCAUAAAAAAGCAGGAAACGGAGAAGUGAAAUAACACGCACACGCAAAACGCCGCUACAGCCCAGUUGCCAGGUAGCGAACACACAACAUUGCCAAUGGCGUCGAAUGCUAAACGGCGGGCACGAAGCAUCCGGUUUGAAAUCGGCGAUUUUACAUAUGAAUACCGGGUGUCCAUGUUAAUGCUCCUGCUAUUGAAGCAGAGGGAACAGAGAAAGAAGUCACUUCUCCACAGACUAAUCCUUCUGUCUAAAAUACACCCCGACUUGGCUGACAAAAGAGAACUGGGAGGAUACUAUGCAACCUUGUUGCAGAAACUCCAGCGUUGUCAUCAAGGGGAUAUGAUCACAGGACUUCUGAUGCUGUAUCCUAACUAUGUUAUCCAUGUGGUAGAGUCCUCGAAUGAUGUGUUGUAUUCAGUGAUCCAGGAUCUAAGCGACAUGAAGAAACAACAAGAAAGAACUUUGCUUUUGGAGUCCAAAGUCCUGGUGAUGUCUCACAAUGUUCCCAGCAGACUGUUCCAGCAGUGGGAGUAUAAAAUUGUGAAUGUCUUGGCAAAACGACUGGAUGAUAAUUUGCGAAGGGAGCCAAUAGAAAAGAUCAUCAGUGAAAGCCUCACUUUGCUUCUUAAACUUGGACUAUGGAUACAGAAAGUAUACAAGGAAUCCCCCAACAAGCCAAACGAUUCUGUGCUGGAUGAUGCCCCAGAGCUGAUUAUUCCUCAGAAUCUGAUUGCUCGUCUUGUGGAAUCUAGGCAACUUUUAACAUCUGCCCAAUUUCUGCACAAUUACAGUGCUCCAUUAAAGAGAACAACGGACUCGGGUAGAACUUGUAUGGCCAACACCAGAACAUUUACUGCCUGCCAAAAGAAAGUAAUGGAGCUUGUGAAGAUAUGGGCAAUUUCCUCCUUCAGAGAAAGAGUGAUAUUUAAUUUUUGUUUUAUGGUAGUGCUCUCAAGAAAUGCAAUGCAUUCCAAGAAUUGUUAUGAAAAAAAAUUAAGAUAAUAUUGGGUGUAAACAUAUUUGUAGAGAUUCUAUGAUUGCUAACAUUCAGAGGUGUUUAAGAACUAUUAAAUUUGAUAUCAGUAAGUUAGAGAAAAAUAUUUUAAAAGUUAAUAAGAGUAAAAUUAAUGAGGAACAUCAAGAAUCAAGAUUUCUGGUCAAGAUGUUGCCUGCGUACAAUACUCCUUCGGUCGACAUCCUGAUAGAUCAUGAAGCCAUGUAGUUCACUUCUUUAGUGUCUUCUACAUUUGCUUUUCCUCUUGAGUGUAAUUCUGGAACUGUUGGAGCCUGUAAUUUGCAGUUUGGGGAUUGUUUGAGUGUUGCAGCGCUCUGCAAUUUCGGAGAGGAUUCCAUGAGGCAGAGGUGGCGUGCGGGGGCAGGCUGCAGGACGUGGCACGGUCUGAUGUUUGACUCCAUUUUGCCAAAUAAAACUUCCAUUGUUCGCCUUUUAAAGCAAUAAGGGAGAUUGAAGCAAUGAGGCGUAUGCAGACUUUUUGGAGAUCGUUUAGGUGUUUCAACACUCUGCAGUCUCUGAGAGGUUUCCAGGAGACAGAGGCAGCAUGCGCGAACUUCAUGGCAAGAAGGCUGCGGGAAAGGGUGCAAGCCAUUGUUCCUCUCCAUUUCACCGAUUAUAGCUUCCAUUGUUGCCCGAUCAAAGCAACGAUGGAGUUUGACACAUCGAGGCGAAUGUGGAGGGUCAGUGCUGGCUGCUUGCCUUUUGAUUGCUGGAAUUCGCUCUGCACCUUGAGAGCCUGCCACUGUGCUCAGAGAAUGUUCCCCAGGUUUUCUGCAUUUUGGAUGUGGACUUGGACUGUAGACAUUUUUCAGUGUUAUAGAUUUUGUAUUCUCUGCUUUUUCACCUGAUCUUUCUCAUUUUUUUGUGUGUGGAGGUGGGGAUUUGGGGGCUGAUGUGCCUGUUCCAUUUUUGUUUGGCUUUUUUUUGGUGCAAGGUGGGCGGGAUUUGGGGGGUAAUGAUUCUGCUGCCAUUUUAUUUCUUUCCUGGUUUCAUGACUAUCCGGAGUAGAAGAAUUUCAGAGUUGUACCCUUUGAUAAUAAAUGAACCUUUGAACAUGAAAUCAUA